UAAGGAGUGAGUAGGUGGGUAACUGGGUGAAGACUGGUAAUAGAGUAGAAGCAAACAGAUGAAGAUAAAGAAAGUAAGUUACUGAUUUAUGUUAUAUAGACUUAAGGGGAAAAAACAAAGCAGUCUGGGAUGAACCUUUCUCUUGGCUUCAAAUCAGCGAUGGGAGACUCCAGUUCAAUGGAGAACCUAGAGAAGCAGCUGAUUUGCCCCAUCUGUCUGGAGAUAUUUACCAAGCCAGUGGUCAUCUUACCCUGCCAGCACAACCUCUGCAGGAAGUGUGCCAAUGAUGUUUUCCAGUCCUCCAACCCCCUUUGGCAGAACCGGGGAUCUGUCACUGUGUCUACAGGGGGGCGUUUCCGUUGCCCAUCAUGCCGUCAUGAGGUGGUAUUAGACCGACAUGGUGUUUACGGCCUACAGAGGAACCUAUUGGUGGAAAAUAUCAUUGAUAUCUACAAAUCAAAGUCUACCAGGCCACUUCUUCCCAAAACAGAGCAACAACAGCUGAUGUGUGACCAGCACGAGGAGGAGAAGAUCAACAUCUAUUGCCUCAACUGUGAGACGCCCACCUGCUCUAUGUGCAAGGUGUUUGGGGCCCAUAAGGACUGUGAGGUGGCCCCACUGCAGGUCAUCUUCACAAGACAGAAGACAGAGCUAAGCGAUGCCAUAUCCAUCUUGGUGGCAGGAAAUGACAGAAUACAGGCACUGAUCUCACAGAUGGAGAAUAUUUGUAGGACCGUCGAGGAAAAUAGUCGGCGCCAGAUGCAGCACAUCUCUGACAAGUUUGAUGAACUUUCUGGCAUCUUGGAAGAGCGUAAAAGGGAACUAACAGAGAGCAUCAGCCGUGAGCAGGACCAAAAAUUGGGCCACGUCCGUUCCCUUAUCCGUCGCCAUGGAGAUCACUUGGAGAUGUCCGUCAAACUGGUGGAGACAGCCAUCCAGUCUAUGGAGGAACCUCAGAUGGCUGUGUUCCUGCAGAGUGCAAAGGAAGUGUUCAAAAAGAUCACAGACACUGCCAAGGCCUCCAACACUGAGCGGCCAGAGGUGGGCUACGAGAGCAUGGCCCACUUCAUCAUUAAUACAGAGUAUGUGGCCGACAUGCUGAGAGGCAUCAACUUCCAAACAGGAAAAGAUGGGGACAGUGUUAAUGAAGGCCCUGAAGUUCUGUCAACUUCGCCUUGCCAGAGUUGUGAAUCAGAGAGAGACGUUAAAUAAUUAGCCCCAAAGUUAGUUUUAGAUUAAAUCAUUAGCCUUUGAAGAAAUGUGUAUUUUCUUUGUACUUCCUAGUAGCAAUGAUCUACAUAGCAUGUUAGAUCAUUAGUUCCAUGAAUUCAUAAUGUAAACAAGACAAAUUAAACCAAUUAAAGAAAAUAAAUGUUCUUCUGCAUAUACAGUACAUUACACUUAAACCAUCAUCGAGUGGUGAAAACAGCUUCAUUUACUGACCUCAUGUGAAUUUUACUCAUAGAAUGAGACAUAAAGUCAUUGAUAACACAUUUUAAUGUUACAUUAGUUAAGGCUUUACAUGUAGUCUUGAGCAUCCUCAAAUUUAAAUGUACUUCUAAAUGCCUCCCACAGUGGUGUGGCGGGAGUCUGAAUGUCCGCAAACAGUAUACCGCUGCUCGACUGUUUUGAACAUCUUUUUACCCCUGAAUGAAUAACAAAGACCUUUUCCAGAAGUACAGUGGUUACAGAAAGUAUUCAGUCCCCCUUAAAUU